GUGGCCAAGUACCCAGUUGGAAUUCAGUCUCGUACAAGAUGUGGAAAUGCUUUUGGAUGUUGGUGGGAAUGGUCGUGGCAUGGUUGGGAUAUGGGGAGCAUCUGGAAUAGGCAAGACAACAAUUGCAAAAGCUAUUUUUAAUGCAGUUGCUCAUAAGUUUGGAGGAAGUUGUUUCUUGCCAAAUGUUAGGGAAAAUUCAAUGCCACACGGAGGCUUAAUCCAACUACAGGAGACUCUCCUUCAAGAGAUUCUUGGUGGGCAAAAGUUGAAAAUUGCCAGUGCUGAUAAAGGUAUCUCUAUCAUACAUAAACUAUUGAGGCAUAAAAAGAUUCUCUUAAUUCUUGAUGAUGUGAAUCAAGUGGAGCAAUUAGACAACUUGGCUGGAGUUGGUUUGUUUGGUGAGGGUAGUAGAGUCAUCAUAACUACACAAGACAGCGGAUUGCUAAAAUGUCAUGGAAUUGAGUUGAUAUACGGGGUCCAAAAGUUAUUUUACUACCAAGCUCUUGAGCUUUUCAGUUUGAAUGCCUUCAGAAUAAAUGAACCUCCAAAUGAUUAUUUGGAACUCGCACAACGUGCAAUAGCUUUUGCUGAUGGCCUUCCGCUAGCUCUAACAAUUUUAGGUUCUCAUCUUCGUAAUAGAGAAAACAUUUUGGCAAGUUAUAUUAGAUGGUUUCAAAGGAGAACCUUAUACACAUACUGA